GCGCGACGGCGGCGCCUGACGGCCGGGCCGUAAAGGCGGGCGGGCGGCAUGGGGAAGCGCGGCAGCGGCGGGAGGGCGGCGGUGCUCGGCCUGAGCAAGAGGCAGAAGAAGCACCUGAAGGAGUUCGGGGAGGAGCACCCCUUCUACGACAAGGUUUCUGGAAGACCAGAAGCAACUCAGAUCUGUGAACUGUCUGACAAUUCCGAUAAAUCAAGCGCAGAAAGCGAUUCAGAGAUUGAAGUGGAACCUGUCCCUGUGUAUCACAAGCUACUGGCUACCCUGAAGACCUCUUCUGAGUCUGAGAGUGAGGACGAGGAAGACGAAAGUGAAUCGGAAGAGGCUGGGGAGAGCGAGAUAGAGUUGGGCAGCGAAGGUUCCCAGGAGCCCGAAGAAGCAGACGGUGGUGAAGAAGACAAGGAUGAAGUACCAGCCCAGGAAGAAGUCACGGCUAAAGACGCAGCAGAAGAGGCACUCGGCCAGGAGCAGGAUGAUGGCGUUGAUGCCUCUUGUGACCUAAGUCAUGGAGCAAUCGAGGAGUUUACCGAUGUGAAACAUGAAUCUGAAUUUAGCUUGGAAACCAAUUUCAUGGAAGAGGAGAGUGGAGAUUGCGAUGCGGACAAGAAAGAGAGCGAUUCUUCACAAGCCUUUUCACAAGAUCCAUUUAAACAGCACAUGGACAAAGAACUUGAAGAAAAAGAAGUAGAAAAAAUGUCUACGCUUUCUAAAACUUCAAGUCAAAUCAAGUGGCCAAGGCUGGGUCAGUUAACUUUUUCUUCCACUUUGGAGAAACAUACAACUUUAAAAGCAGACAAAGAAUUUGAUGUGAAGCAGCUUCAUCUUCAUAAGCCUUUAGAAUCCACGUGGCCAAAAGUGAAUAAACAGUUCCUGUCGCCAACGACCAAACCGAGCGAUCCCUCUUUUACCCCCUUACAAAGAGAGCUCUUCUCUAUCAUGAAUGCCUACAAGGACUUGUUCUAUCCAGAAAGAAAGGCUUUAACGAAUGGAGAAGAAAUCCGGCACGCGUACUGCUUGCAUGCCUUGAACCAUGUCCUGAAGGCGAAUGCCCAGGUGCUCAGCAACAACGCCAAGAAAAGAGACCAGAAGCCAGGGACAGACAGCGAUGACUACAGGGACCAGGGGCUCACCAGGCCUAAGGUGCUGAUGAUAGUGCCCUUCCGGGAAUGUGCUUUGAGAAUUGUGCACAUUCUCAUCAGUCUUCUUGAAGUGAACGACAAAAGAAAAAUAGACGUAAGUAAUAAAAAGCGCUUCAAGGGGGAGUUUGGCUCUGACCCAGAAGAGAAGCCCCCCAACCUGAAAAGACCUGAAGAUUACGAAGCUGUCUUCGCUGGCAACAUCGAUGACCAUUUCAGAAUUGGGGUUGCGAUUCUGCAGAAGAGUAUGAGAUUGUAUGCACCAUUUUACUCAUCAGACAUCAUCAUUGCCUCUCCCCUGGGUAUGAGGACUGUCAUUGGCGCAGAGGGGGAGAAGAAGAGAGACUUCGAUUUUCUGUCGUCGAUAGAAAUGCUCAUAAUUGAUCAAGCAGAUAUUUACCUGAUGCAGAAUUGGGAACAUGUUCUGCACCUGAUGAAGCACAUUAACCUGCUGCCUUUGGAUUCCCAUGGGGUAGACUUUUCCCGAGUGCGAAUGCUGAGUCUCAACAACUGGUCCAAGUACUACCGUCAGACGCUGCUGUUCAGUGCUCUUCAAGAUCCCCAGAUUAACUGCAUCUUCAACAAACACUGCUUCAAUUAUACGGGGCAGGUGGCUGUCCGCAACGUACCGCUCAUUGGCUCCAUUAGCCGUGUUGUGGUCCAGCUCCCUCAUGUUUUUCGGAGGAUAGAAGCUGAAAACUUAACUUCCGUGAUAGAUACAAGGUUUCAGUUUUUCAUUGACAAGGUUUUGCCCGAGUACCGCGAUGCCAUCAUGUCACACACGCUCAUUUAUGUUCCGUCGUAUUUUGACUAUGUGCGUCUUCGAAAUUACUUCAAGAAAGAGGACCUGAAUUUUGCUCACAUUUGUGAAUACACUAAAAAGGCUGGCAUCUGCAGAGCACGGCGCUUCUUUCUCAAGGGAGACAGGCAGUUCUUACUGCUCACUGAGCGCUUCCACUUUUACAAAAGGUAUACGAUAAAAGGUAUUAGGAACCUCAUUUUCUAUGAGUUACCAACCUACUCCCACUUCUACAGUGAGAUUUGCAAUAUGAUGAAGGCCACAGACAGUGGAGUGGAUGCUACAUGGACCUGUACUGUGCUGUACUCCAAGUAUGACGCUCAGAAAUUGGCUGCAGUGGUUGGCAUAGAUCGCACAGCUCAAAUGCUCCAGUCCAACAAAAAUGUGCACCUCUUUGUUACAGGAGAAAAUGAAUAAGUGAUGCUGCAGGCGAGACGAUUCAAUGGACCUGGAUUUUAUUCCUAAUGCACUUUUUGAUGUUGCAUUUUAGAAAUGUUUUAAACUUUUUAGUCCCUUUUACUAAGAGUUCUGCUGAAAUUGUUCAUGUAGUAUGAAAUUUUAUGUUUCAGUUCUCUGUCCAACAAGAAACAAAGGAUGUCAUUCAGGGUUGUGGGGUUUCUGCUGUAUAAAAAGAAAACCAAUCCAGAGUUAUCACUGUUCUUGUAUAGUGGAAAACUCACUCUUCAGUAAAAAUUGGUGGUGUGAUAAAUA